AUGGCAUUAUACGCUUUAAAUGAUGGAUUACCAGUAAUAAAUGUAAAUAUAUCUACUAUGUUUAAUGAAGUAAAUAAUGAAACAUAUAAUUUUGAUUUUAUAAGUGGACAGAAAUAUUAUGAUAGUUGGAGAAGUCCAUUACCCUAUGAAGUAUUUAACAAAUUAGAAGAUUUAGAUGAUAUGGAAAAAAUAGUUCAUGAUAUAACUGAUGGCGAUUUUAAAGCAGAAAAACAUCAUGUAUAUACUAUUGAUGGUUAUAAGUUAAAUUUAUAUCAUAUUACUGAUUCAGAUAAAAAUUAUACACCUUUAAAAAAAAAAUCUUUAAAAAAAGGAGUAUUUUGUAUAGGGCAUGGAUUAAUGGAAUCGUCUAUAAAUGCUAUAUCAGGAGGUUAUGAUUCAUUACCUUUUAAAUUAUUAUUAAAAAAUUAUGAUAUUUGGUUGUGUAAUAAUAGAGGUAAUUAUUUAACUGAAUAUGUUGGAAAAAAAUAUGCUAUGAAAAAAAAUUUAGAGAGGUAUACAAUUGAAGAUUUACGUGAUAUUGGAUUUGAUGAAAGUACAUAUUCUAAAAAUUUGGAAUAUGAUAAAAUUGAUUCAAAAAAAAAAAAAAAAAAAUUUCUAGAAAAAUUAUGUAACAAACAAGAUAAAAAUAAGGAUGAAAGCAAACCUAACCCAAUGAAAAGGAAAUUUUAUAUAAAAAAUAAUUCAUGUUUAAAUAAAAAAGAAAUGAAUAAUACUAAUUUACAAAAAAAGGCAAUAAAAAACAAUCAUAGUGAUUAUAAUAAGAAUGGAAUCGAUUCUAAAGUUGAUAUGACUUCUAAAAGUCAAAUUAACAAUGAUAAAAAGUCAAAUGAUAACGUUCAAGAAAAUAUAAAUGAUGUUGAAAUAAAAUAUUUAAAAAGUAUGUUACCAAAUAGUAAGUUAUUUACAUCAGAAGACAUAAAUGUUAAAAAAAUUUAUGAACUCGUUGGUAUAACUGAAAAUGAUUUAAAAUAUUUAGAUGAUAUGAAAAAAGAAGAUAUUGAAAAAAAUAUUAAAGAAAUAGAUAAAUGGACUUUUGAAGAUUUGGGUAAAAAUGAUAUCCCUGCAAUAAUUAAAUAUAUAAAAAGUAAAACAAAACAAGAUAAAAUAAUGUAUAUUGGAUUAUCACAAGGAUCUAUAUCACUUUUGAUUGGGGGGUGCCUAAAUCCUUAUGUCAAUAAUAGUAUAGAUCGAUGCUAUUUAAUGUCUUUACCUAUUAUUUUGUGGAAAAAAUCUGAAAUAUUUUUUGCAUUAAAAGGAUUUAUACUCGCAUCAAAACAUUUUAAAAAAAUAAUAAAAUUAAGAAAUUAUGCUAUGAAAUAUAUUCCACAAAAAUUAAUGAAAUAUUUAAUAAUUAACUUAUCUCAUUUCUUAACUUCAAAUAUAUUAAAAUUUGUUCGAAAUGAUAUUUGUAACAAAGAUAUAAUUUAUUUAAAUACCCCAAGUGGAUCGAAUUCAACUGCUAAUAUUCAUAAAUGGUUAUCAUCAUUCGAUAAAGGACCAGUAACAGAUAUAUUUGAAAAAAAUAGUAAAAAUUGUACAUUCCCUAUAUGUCUUAUAUAUGGCGAUAGAGAUUGUCUUGUUGAUUCAAAUGCUUCAAUUGAAUAUAUGCAAAAGCUUUUUAAAGACAACGAAAUGCAAAUAAUUAAAAAAAAUGAAUGGUCACAUUUAGACCCAAUGAUUGCAGAUGAUGAAGAUAUAGUUUUUUCUCAUAUUAUGAAAGAUAUAAAAAAAGACAAAUCUAAAAAUAAUAAUACAUAA